AAUAAAAGUGCAAACAUGAAUAAAAGCGUGAUUGUGUUCUUCACAAUUGUGGCCACCGCUAUUGCUUUGAGCAGUGCUGCACCCGCUAAGGGCGAUAACGGCAAGUAUAAUGUUUCAGGUCGCAAUGAUGGCAAAUAUCAUCCAGUAGAUGAUGGCAAAUAUCGUCCAAGGUCAAAUGAUGAAGGUCGUUAUCAUCACAUGCCCGUGCCAUAUGUACAUGUUUCGGAUAACCGUGAAUUAGGUAAAUAUGUGCAUAUACCAAAUCCUUAUGAUGGCGGUUAUGGUCCAUACAGUGGCACCAACAUUCCCUAUAACCAUGAUGCCCGUCCCUAUGUGCAUGAUGACAAACCCUACGAUCACAAUCUGUACACAAGUACCACAACCAAGAAACCUACAACCACUACAACAACCACCACCACAACAACUACCACAACCACGACUACACCACGCAGCAUUCUCUUCAAUUAUGAUGAUGAAGGUCGCCAUAAGAUUUUGCAUCAGGAAAAUGAACGUAAAGCCGAUAAAUAUGAUCAUGCUUUCCUAACUGAGAACGGUAUUUAUGGUGAAGAACAGGCUAAACUACAUCAUACUGGAGGUACCCAUGCUAAGGGUCGUUAUGAAUACACCGGUGAUGAUGGCAAACUCUAUCGUGUCAACUACAAAAGUACCCACGAAGGUUUCGUGCCAGAGGGUGACCACAUUCCCACACCACCCCCAAUUCCAGAGGCCAUUGCCCGUGCUCUGAAAUAUGUCGAUGAGAAACGCAAGGCCAAUGGUGAAAAACCUCUGUUCGAUGAACGUGGUUUCCGCAUUGAUCACAUGAGCAAGGACAUGCUGAAGGAGAUUAAGGCCAUUCACAUUGAAGAAAUGCCCCGUGAAAUUGCCGAACAAAUCCAUGAAUUGCAAUUGGAGAUGGAAGCACUGUAUGGCAACUUGGACGAUGAUGAUUCCUAUGAUUACAACUAAAG